GUUGUUUGUAGUAGUAGUUCUGAAUUUUUCUUUUACCAGCUUGAGAUGUGGGUAACACCAUGUCCCAGUUUGGCUUGGCCCAGAGUGCCCUGUGUGUGGGAUGAGCACAAAGAAUUAUGAGCUUGUGGAGAGUGUUUCCUGAGUCAGCUGUGAUCCCUCUCUCUCUCAUCCCACCCCCGGCGGUCUAGUUCCUUCUGACAGAUCAGUAGCAGCUGAGAGAGUGCUGUUUGGGUCUAACCGGGAAGUGGGGGUGGGCGCCAUCUGGAUCAUGUGACUUUGGCCACCCUACCCUCACCUUUGCUUGUAAGAGCACCAGGCGUCCUUAUCCAAUCAUGCCUGGAAUGCAGCUUGCCACUUGGGCUAUUUCUGCUGUCUGUCGCUAUCGGACUUCAGCUCUAACAGUUUGACACAUGGGAUAGUUUUUUUUUUUUUCUUCAUUUCCCCGUUUCUCCCGUUCUUUCCAGCUUUUUCUCUCUCUCUCUCUCUCUCCUUGAAGUUUGUGGGUUGAACUUUUAAGCUCCCUGGCAGCGCUUCACUGGUAGCUGUGAAACGAAACGCAGCCUCUGUCUGUGAGUAAGGGAAAGAGAGAGAAAGAAAGGAAAGAGGGUGGAUGAGCAAGACAGAGAGAGGGAGAGCAAAAGGGGAUCAGACACACUAAACAGUGGGCGAGACAGAUCCAGCAAGAGCUGGACAGAGACAGAUCAAGGCAGACAGGAGAAUGUCUCACCGGCUUCGGCUGUAUUUUGGAUCGGGUCGCAGUAACACUGCGCCGGAGUUGGAGCGGCAAAACGGGACAGUGGAGGACGGAGAUGAGAUUGGCUAUAGUGGCGCAAGGGCUACAAUGUUCCAUACGCAAACUCAAAACGGAGGACUUUCAGAGAGCCCGGAAUCGGGUGCUUGUUCGGACGCCUCUCUAAAGCGAAGCUCUUCCAUGUUCAUCCCACAGCUCCAGGGUCAAACUGAACCACGGACAACCAAGAGCACCUCUGUCCAGAUAUCUCUUCAACGUUCAACUGCACCUCAAGAAGAUGCAUUGCCCUUUGAUCCACCUCCAGGAUACCCUCAGGACCCAGCUCCUGCAUACACUGAACCUGGUGAAAGCUGGCUCUUACCUCCACCUCCAGCUUACCACAGAGGAGAAGCCCCAUCCUACCAAGAUGUGGAACUAGGUACUGAGCCUAUCCAGCCUAAGAGGCAAGUCUUUUGCGUCCGGCCGUGUGAUGGACAAAAUGGUUAUGCAAGUUUGGGUGUACCCAAUAAUCAAGGGAUUACCAUUGGAGGUUUCUGUAUUCGAAGAAGAUCCGCAGAUGGCUCAGAUGUCCAGCAGUUCCGGAUCAUGCCGUACAGCGAGAAUGGCCAGAAUGGCCACCGUUGGUCUGUCCAGCAAAGCUCAGACAGAGGUCCUGGAAUGCAAAGACUCGUCUUCCAGCUUCAACAGGACCAAGGAAGGCACCCUAGCCCUACUCCUCAGCCUGACGUGAGUGAUUUGGGCAUCACAGGUACUAAAGGCAGUCGCUUGGUGCGGUACCCUCGGAUCCGACUUGAGAGGAGCACUUCACAGCCGUUGCAUCCCAGAGGAGCUCCUUCCCGUCUCGGAUCUAUGCCAAAUCUUCAUGCCCCGAUCUCAGAAAUGGAGACUGAGAGUGAGAUGGUUGAGAACGGUGCUCAAGGUUGCACAUUCAAAAUUAGGAAGGAACAGAACUCCCGACAGCCAAAGUUUAAGAUCUAUUUCAGCCAGGGGGCCGAGCACAGCCCCAUCCUUGCACGGGAUAUUAGCUUUGGAAAGGCGCCUACCUGCAGCAAUCCACAGGCUCACAUUGGUCAUGAUCGGUCAAAGAAUGGGCUUUUCAACCAUGGUCAGACCAGAGAUGACUUCCUCGGGCAGGUGGACGUGCCUCUUUCCCAUUUACCGACGGAGGACCCUGCGAUGGAGCGGCCGUACACGUUUAAAGACUUUCUCCUGCGUCCAAGAAGUCAUAAGUCUCGGGUGAAAGGCUACCUGAGACUGAAGAUGGCCUAUCUGCCAAAAAACGGAGGACAUGAGGAGGAAAGCAGUGAAAUGAGAGAGGAAGCUGAGGGCUGGGAAGUGACAGACUCCGCGGAUCCAGGUUCACAGAGACCUCAGCAGCUCCUGCCUCCGCUGCCUCCGGGCUGGGAAGAGAAGGUGGAUAACCUGGGACGGACAUACUAUGUCAACCACAACAACCGCACCACACAGUGGAAGAGGCCCAGUAGUGUGGAUGUGGUUUCAGAAACGGAAAAUGAUAAUCACUUGCGGCAGAUUAACCAGGAAGCCCACAGAGUUUUCCGUUCUCGACGGCACAUUAGUGAAGACCUGGAAAAUGAGCAGCUGGAUAUCAGGGACAUAGACGACUCAUGGGAACCCAUAUCAGAGGAGGACCCAACUUUAAUGACGGAUGGUCUGAACCAUUCUCUGUCCGGACCAGCCUCUCUGGCGAUGCCCCUCUCUAGCACUCCAGAAUUCUCAGAUGAAAUCAGCCUUAGAUUGUCUCUCGCACCAGACACGAACGGAGAAAUCCCAGGACCCAGCUCUGCUGUGAGUCAUCUUUCCUCUCGGCUACGCUCCUCAAGUAUGACCGAUGGAGUCAGUGAUCAGGCUCAACCUCCCACACCAACGGACAAUUGCCCGCCCCAUCUAAAAGCAGCUGUUAUUGUCCAGCAGAGCUCCCAGACCCGACGAACAAGAGCUCAAACGGUCACAGGCGUUGAGGACACCAUGUCUCCAUCGGCCUCCUACGCCCUGACCACACCAGGCCUUCCGCCAGGCUGGGAGGAACGCAAAGACCCCAAGGGACGAACGUACUACGUCAACCACAACAACCGUAGCACCACCUGGACACGGCCCAUUCUGCAGCAGCACACUGAAGAUGGAGCCAGUACCUCAGCUGCGGCAGUAGAGGGCGCUACAGCAGCCACGCCCCCCGCUUCCACCCCUUCCUCCUCCAGCGGCCAUCUAAGCGAACCACAAGUGCGCAGACCCCGUAGCCUCAGUUCCCCCACCGUCACUCUCUCUUCCCCGCUAGAGGGAGCCAAUAACGCCCAGAUACGGCGAGCCGUAAAGGACACGUUUUCCAACCCUCAGUCCCCGCAGCCUUCUCCCUACAGCUCACCCAAAUCCCAGCAUAAAGCAAACCAGAGCUUCCUGCCCCCUGGAUGGGAAAUGAGAAUAGCACCCAAUGGACGGCCAUUCUUCAUCGACCACAACAGCAGAACCACCACAUGGGAAGAUCCUCGCUUAAAGUAUCCCGUUCACAUGAGGACAAAAGCAUCCCUGGACCCUGGCGACCUCGGCCCACUUCCUCCUGGGUGGGAGGAACGAGUGCACGCAGACGGAAGAACCUUUUACAUCGACCAUAACACCAAAAAAACACAGUGGGAAGAUCCUCGCCUCCAGAGUCCUGCCAUAACUGGACCCGCGGUGCCAUAUUCCAGAGAAUUCAAGCAGAAGUAUGAUUACUUCAGAAAGAAGUUAAAGAAGCCGGCAGAUAUUCCGAACCGUUUUGAGAUGAAGCUGCACAGGAAUAACAUCUUGGAAGAGUCGUACAGACGAAUCAUGUCCCUGAAGAGACCUGACAGUCUGAAGGCUCGUCUGUGGAUCGAGUUUGAAUCAGAGAAAGGCCUGGACUACGGGGGCGUGGCCAGAGAAUGGUUCUUCCUGCUCUCCAAGGAGAUGUUUAACCCUUAUUAUGGGCUGUUUGAGUACUCGGCCACAGAUAACUACACCCUUCAGAUCAAUCCAAACUCUGGCCUCUGUAAUGAGGAUCACCUCUCAUACUUCAAGUUCAUCGGUCGGGUGGCUGGCAUGGCUGUGUAUCACGGAAAGCUGUUAGACGGUUUCUUCAUUCGACCGUUCUAUAAAAUGAUGCUGGGCAAACAGAUCACGCUGAAUGAUAUGGAGUCAGUGGACAGUGAAUACUACAACUCUCUCAAGUGGAUUCUGGAAAACGACCCCACAGAACUGGACUUGCGGUUCUGCAUUGAUGAGGACAACUUUGGACAGACAUAUCAGGUGGAUUUGAAGCCAAGCGGAUCAGACAUGGUUGUAACCAAUGACAACAAAAAAGAAUACAUAGACCUGGUGAUUCAGUGGCGGUUUGUGAACCGGGUCCAGAAACAGAUGAACGCCUUUUUGGAGGGUUUCACUGAACUCAUUCCCAUCGACUUGAUAAAGAUUUUUGACGAAAACGAACUGGAGCUGCUGAUGUGUGGUCUGGGUGACGUGGACGUCAAUGACUGGAGGCAGCACACCGUCUAUAAGAACGGCUACUGUCCUAAUCACCCUGUGAUCCAGUGGUUCUGGAAGGCUGUGUUGUUAAUGGAUGCCGAAAAGCGGAUCAGACUUUUGCAGUUCGUCACUGGAACAUCCAGAGUGCCAAUGAACGGCUUUGCUGAACUCUAUGGUUCCAAUGGGCCGCAGUUGUUUACUAUCGAGCAGUGGGGGACACCUGACAAACUCCCUCGUGCUCACACCUGCUUUAAUCGUCUGGACCUCCCGACGUACGAGUCAUUUGAAGACCUGCGAGAGAAGCUUCUGAUGGCGGUGGAAAACGCCCAAGGCUUUGAGGGCGUCGACUAAAGAAAUCCCUUUAUAUCCAUGCGAUCUCCUAACGCAACCGACGAGCAAAGACAUGUACAACACACUCGCAUACACGUCUAUACUCGCAUAUACACACUCUCGAGUUGCCAUUGUACAGCCAGAUCCCAGCAGUCGCAGGUGUGUGAUGUCCGCACGGUAUAUGCAUGUAAUCUGUCUAGCUGGAACGACAUUGGCUGUGAACCCGUUUUGAUGCCAAACAGCCCUGCAGUAUCCCACAAAUCAUGCUCUCUCCUAACACGUUUUAUUUCAAAAUCCAUCUCUGAGGCCGUGGCGACUUUUAUAUUGAUAAGUAAAUAAGAAGUAUUUGGGUGUGGCCUCAGAGUGGGCGUGGCCUUGAUAUACCACCACAAACAUAAACAUAAUAUAAGUUCAGUGAAGAGGUAACUCUCUUAUCAGGUCUUACUAACACCAGAUUACCUUAGGAAUCACAGCCAGGAUGAAGGACACAUCCUCAUCCUCAUCCUCCCUUAUCCCGCAAAGUACGCCAAGUUUCCCCAUCCUUCCUUCCUUCCUUUCUUCGUCGAGGAUUAUUUUUUUAUCUUCUUUUGCAACGCCAAGAAGCAACGGGAAUUGUUUUUAAUAGUUUAUUAUUAUCGCUGUUAUUAUCAUUCUUACAGAGUAAACAGAUAUUUGUACCAACAAUGUGGUUUACUAUUUUAAACAACGUUAUCGGAAAUGCAUCAGUGGCCUGGCUAUAUUCAAUUCAAUAUCCAUAUCAUUGUGGGUAAAAAAAAAGAAAAAAAAAAAAAAUGAUCAACAUGAUUAUUGUAUUGCUAUGAAAACUGGCAUGAACAUGUAUCUUGUGUUUCAAUAUGAUUACGUAGUAAUUAUAAAGCUAUUCUCCUUCUUGGUUGAGAGCAAAGAUGGAAAACGUCGACAUGCAUCGGACAUGAGUUUGUCGGAGAGGGUUUUCUUCAAUUGUAAUAAGUAUUGUUCUUAUCUUUAUUAUGAUUACACCUGUUCAUAAUGCUGUAAAUGAGUUUGUUUUGGGGGAAAGACGAGAUUGGACUUCUACUGUACGUGUUAAAUCUGUUUGAAGUAUUAAAGAGCGACACAGAGUGAAGCUAUCUUAAAAGCGCUGUGAUUCAACACUGCAAGUCUCGUAGACUUUCAGGACGUAAACUUUCUUUCUUUCUUUCUUUCUUUCUGUUUCUUGGUUUCUUCUAACACCACUGUACCUAAAAGGGCACUUUAUUGAUCACACACUAGGGUCAUGUCACCUGUUUUUUUGGGGUUUUUGGUGAACUUGAAUGUGAUUAUCUAUUUUGUUCUUUUAAAAGCACUCGGUUCCUUGGUGCAAUAUCUCUUGUUUAUAAUCGGCCUGCUGCUAACAUAUCAGAUCACAGCUCGGCCCUACAGCUGAUCUGGAGUCAGUCUGCUUCGUCAGUGUGAAUCCGGAUCAGCUCUGUGGGAACGAGCUUCACCUGGAGUCAGACUUCAGACUGGUUCUUUUUCUAUUUUCUUUUCCAGUCUUUUAUCUGUACGCCUCCCCACUCACACUUUUCGGGCCGCUGUGGCUCUGUAGGUUUGUGAUAAUAUUAUGAUUAUUGUUAUUGUUAUAAAUUACCCUUCCUCUUUUGUAGGGGCAGUUCUUUUUUUAUUGAUGAGGAACAUUUACUGUCUGGUUCCUGCUCACCACAAGACCUUGCGAUUCGUAUAACUUCGUUCGAAAUAAACUGAUAAAUGGAAUUUA